GGGGGGGGGGGGAGGGAGAGCGACCAAUCAAGGACAGGGUGAGGCGCAAAACCGGCCGGCUCCCAGGGGAGCCAGCCAGAGGCUGGGGGGCCAUGGCCGAGCUACAGCAACUGCAGGAACUUGAGAUCCCCACGGGCCGGGAGGCCCUGCGGGGCAACCACAGCGCCCUGCUGCGUGUCGCCGAUUACUGCGUGGACAACUACGUGCAGGCCACAGACAAGCGGAGGGCGCUGGAGGAGACCAUGGCCUUCACCACCCAGGCUCUGGCCAGUGUGGCCUAUCAAGUAGGCAACCUGGCCGGACACACUCUACGGAUGCUGGACCUACAGGCGGCCUCCCUGCGGCAGGUCGAAGCCCGUGUGAACACGCUGGGCCAGAUGGUGAGUAUGCAUAUGGAGAAGGUGGCCCGAAGGGAGAUCGGCACGUUAGCCACUGUCCAGCGGCUGCCCCCUGGCCAGAAAGUCAUCGCCCCCGACAGCCUCCCUCCCCUCACGCCCUACUACCGGAGACCUCUCAACUUUGGCUGCCUGGAUGACAUUGGCCAUGGGAUCAAGGAUCUGAGCACGCAGCUGUCGCGGACGGGGACCCUCUCUCGAAAGAGCAUCAAGGCGCCUGCGACGCCCGCCUCCGCCACCCUGGGGAGGCCACCGCGGAUCCCGGAGCCGGUGCAGCUCCCGGUGGUGCCCGACGGCAAGCUCUCCACCGCCUCGUCUGCCUCUUCCCUGGCCUCUGCAGGCAGCGCCGAAGGUGUGGGUGGGGUGUCCGCGACCAAGGGGCAGGCAGCACCCCCACCCCCACCUCUCCCGAACCCCGUGGCUCCACCUCCUCCACCGGCCACCACCGAAGUCUUCCUGCCGCCCCCUCCGCUGGAGGAAGUGUCCCUGCCCCUGCUGGCACCAGAGCUGCCCCUGGACCUGCCCCCUCCUCCACCCCUGGACGUCCAUGAGCUGGGAUUGCCACAUCUGCCCCCACCAGGCUUCGGGCCAGAGGAGCCUAGCUGGGUCCCUGCUGCAUACCUGGAGAAAGUGGUGACGCUGUACCCAUACACCCGCCAGAAGGACAACGAACUCUCCUUCUCUAAGGGCACCGUCAUCUGCAUCACACGCCGCUACUCCGAUGGCUGGUGUGAGGGCGUCAGCUCGGAGGGGACUGGAUUCUUCCCAGGGAACUACGUGGAGCCCAGCUGCUGACACUCUGGGGCUUUCUGAGCUCCUGCCCGGAGCACUGCGCUGCGAGCCUCUUGAGCUCCAGUGCAAAGUCAGCUCCAGAGUCAAGGCGGGACCCGGCCUGCCCACCUGUGAGCUGUGCCCGCCCCUUCCCCCUCCUUUCGGUGGUGGGAAGGGGUCCUGGGGAGAGAAGGGAUGUAUCCGAAGGCCUGCCGCAGACAGGAAAGAACCGGAAGCCAAGGACUUUGGUGAUCUUGUCCACAGAAGACCCACCCCUCCAUGCAGCAUCGAGUGCCAACUUUGAAUAAAACUCUGAUGACCUCCUGGUGAUUGCCCCGCAGGGCUGGGGGGCCAGAGAGGAGGGAGUUAAAGGCUCCUGCUCAUUAUUGAGCCCCCCCCCCCCUGCUGCCGCUGGCAGCAGUCUGUCCCCGUCUCUUCCGUCCUCGUGAGGUGGCCCCUACGCCAGCCCCCUGGUGCCCCCUCUGCAUUGACUGAAUCUCCUUUUUUGGACCGUUGCUCGCUGUGUUACUGUUCGGGUUGGGCUGCCCGAGCCGGGCGCUCUUCCCAGAGUGGGGACCAAUUCCCCCGCUGACGUGGGGCUCUCUGGGAGCAGGGGUCGCCUCACCCUCACCCUCCGGACACCGGCGCGAGAGACCUCAGUCAGCUCUUUGCCCGUCACCUCCUUUAUAGCGGUAGAACACCAAAGAGGGAGGAAGGGCUUGGCUUUCGCUGGCUCUGCUUGAAAACAUCAUGGCUUUCUGUUCCAUACGGGAGGAGGGGGGCGCAGAGGGCUCAGCCCGCGGGGCGACUUUGGUAAAGUCCCUGGUCUUUUGCUGCAUAGACGAGGCUGGGGUGAGAGGAGGAGACACCGUCGCGCGCGGCGAGGUCCCUGGCUGGAAGGACCCGAGCCGGACGGUGCGCUACCUCGUUCCACCACCAGGAGGCGACUGUUCCCUCUGGCUUUUUUUUUUUUUUUUUUCUUCCCCCUUUGGGGAGGCUGGCAGGGCGGGCGCGGGAAGGGGGGCAAAAA